UGAGGAAGUGGUGUCUCACUCUUCCUGAGGCUAGAGCAAGCGUUUCCGGGCUGCACUGUGCAGAGGACACUGGGAGAAGAGAGGAACGCUUCUGAUGCCAGAUCAGAGAUUAUGAUGAAGGCAUCCUUCACUCCUGAAAUAGGACAGAACAGUAGACUUUGGAUACCAAAAGCAAUGCCCAUGGCAGAAAAGUAGACCAAAAGCCCAAACCACAGACUGAAUAACAUGCCAAGCUUCUUAUCAUCACCUUCUACCAACACGGGACCAGAACUGAUUCAUGUGGAUGCUGGACCUCCAGUUGUAACCCUUUCAGAACCUGAUCAUUCUUCUUUUAGUUACUAUUCAAUACUCAUUACCAAUAUCUUCAUUUUUAUCGUCUCCAGUUUUGGCGCUGUAGGGAACGGAAUGAUUAUCUGGGUCCUGGGAUUCAGCAGCAAAAUUUAUCCUUUCACUGUCUAUAUCCUGAACUUGGCAACAGCUGACCUUGGGGCUCUCCUAGCCAGGAUGGUUUGGUUUUUCCCCUUAGUUUUGACCCAAGAGCCUGUUCUCCUGGCAAGUGUCUAUUUCCAGUUUUUCCAGUUUAUGUGCAUGGCUAGCCAACUUCUACUGGCAGCCAUUAGCUUGGAUCGAUGUUUGGCUCUCCUCUUCAUGGCAUGUCAUCGUCCUUAUCAGCCAGGACAUUUGUCCAUAAUUAUAUGCGUUCUCCUGUGGAUCAUUUCCUUCCUGUUCUCGGCAGUUCAUUUUAUACGUUUCAGUUCUGGGAGUAGUGAAAAUUCAAGUACAGCAUUAUACCCCUUAAAGGUGACAGCGUUGACUUGCCUCCCACUCUGGACAAUUGCCACCAUGGUUCUUGUUGUUAAAGGCUGCUGUGCAAUGCAACAGUUUUCACAACACACUCUCUUAAACACCAUCCUGUUCACUCUUACCUUCUCCCUCCUCUUUGCUCUUCCCUUGGAUGUCAUUUGCAUCAUUGCAUCAUUCAAGGACAUCCCAGCCUACAUAUUAGAACUGGGCAGUCUAGGAGCCUGUCUGAGUAGCAGUGUUAAUCCAGUGAUAUAUUUCUUCAUUGGGAGAAAAAAGAGAAGUCAGCCCAGAGAAAAUAUCAAAAUCACACUUCAGAGGAUUUUCCAGGAAGGAGAAGACAAUAGGGAAGACAUGGAGUUAGAACUUCACUUUCGAAGUCAGCUAUAAUGCUUCCACAAUUUUAUGAAUGAGAUUAAUCUGAUGGACCAUAGCUGGCUGUGUAAUAUCCUUUCAGAAAUAUGAAUGGGACAGUAAACAGGAUCUAAAGUAUGACUGCACUUCAGAUUUGGAUAGGAACAUCAAAAAGGCAAUCUUAUGUUCAGUGCCUUUUUGAAAAAAAUACAAGAUU